GAAGGGCAUCGUGCGCGCCAAGCGGCGAGACGUGAACCCUCCGAUACGCGAUCUUCCAUGCGAGGAGAACACAAAGAAGAUUUAAAAACAAAACGAAACAAAACCCAAGUGGGCCUCCUGAGUCUUUUCCGGGUGCUUACACCUCACACCGCUCUUGUGAUCUGAGAAGUGCAGCUGGAGCUGAGUUUUGCUUUGCCUCUGUCCCUCAUGAGGAGACCUGAGACAGGGAGGCCCUGAAAGUAGGAUUUAGCCUCAUGCUUUGGAACUGAAACUCAACGAUGCUUCCAGAGGCACUGAGAAACUCCUUUGCUUGUCAGCUGGGUUCUCACAAGAGUAGUUUGAAGAGCUCCCCAGGCAGGAGCAGACCGCCAGGCCCUGGAUUAUGAGAGGUACCUCCUAUUUAACAGACAUUGUCUGGUGGGCAGGCACAAUUGCAAUGGCUGUUGGCCAGAUUGGAAACUUCCUGGCUUACACGGCGGUCCCCACAGUCCUGGUGACUCCCUUGGGUGCCCUCGGAGUGCCGUUUGGGUCCAUUUUAGCCUCUUAUCUUCUGAAGGAAAAACUCAACAUCUUGGGCAAAUUGGGGUGUCUGCUAAGCUGUGCAGGUUCUGUCGUGCUGAUUAUCCAUUCCCCAAAAUCUGAGAGUGUGACCACUCAGGCCGAGCUGGAAGAAAAACUGACCAACCCAGUGUUCGUCGGUUAUCUGUGCAUCGUGCUUCUCAUGCUGCUGCUGCUCAUCUUCUGGAUUGCCCCGGCCCACGGGCCCACCAACAUCAUGGUCUACAUUAGCAUCUGCUCCUUGCUGGGGAGUUUCACCGUGCCUUCCACCAAGGGCAUCGGGCUGGCAGCCCAAGACAUCUUCCACAACAACCCCUCCAGUCAGCGCGCGCUCUGCCUAUGCCUGCUGCUCCUGGCCGUGCUGGGCUGCAGCAUCAUCGUCCAGUUCAGGUACAUCAACAAGGCGCUCGAGUGCUUCGACUCCUCCGUGUUCGGGGCCAUCUACUAUGUCGUGUUCACCACGCUGGUCCUGCUGGCCUCGGCUAUCCUGUUCCGGGAAUGGAGCAAUGUGGGUCUGGUGGACUUCUUGGGGAUGGCCUGCGGGUUCACCACUGUCUCGGUGGGGAUUGUCCUCAUACAGGUGUUCAAAGAGUUCAAUUUCAACCUUGGGGAAAUGAACAAAUCUAAUAUGAAAACAGACUAGGAUGCAGCAGGGGGUUGGGUGGCUCGGGAACAGGACGUGGGUGUGGUUUCUGGUCCUAAUUUGAUGUGAAGUAGAAGAGACCUGAAUCUGGUAUUGGAGUUGCCUGUAUAUUAAUGGGUAAGCCAGUGAACACUGGGGGAACAUUGUUCAGCACCAGGGUGGGGGUUUGGCCCUCUGCAGGAGGAAGUGCUAAUUGGUUGUCCAGGGGUCAUCUCUCUCUGAAGAGAGCAAUCUCAUGUUUUGCCAUUAACCUGGAAGCUUUCAUGAAUUCUCUUUCCUUUUAAAGCAUUUUAAACAAUAUUGAAAUAGAAAAUAAAGAUGGGCUCUUUCUGGGUAGACUUUAUAGGAGAGCAGGUAGUCUUAUGUAGAAGAUUGCUUUGGAAAUGGGAGAAAUUGUCAUCCUGAAACCUGACUCUGUACAGUAAAUUUGUAAUUGUGUUAUUUUGAUUUAAGCAUUGAGCAUGUGUAACAUUCGGGUACCACAUCCAAAUAGGUAUAUACAUUUAAUUGUUUUUAUUCCUCUAACAAGCUCUCCCACCCUUCCCACCCCCCACACACACACUCCAAGAAAUUUUAAUUGCCAAGAGAGAGAAGUGAAUGGAUAUGCUGCACUGUUCCAUUUGCAAGAUGACUUUCCAAUAGCUCAAAUCAAUUUCAGUGCCUUUAUCACUUGAACUAUUCACUUAAUUUGACUAUUAACUGUGUGUAUGUUCUUUUAGAUAGAAUAAUGCAACCUCUUUAAUUAUACUUUAAUAUUUCACUAUUCGAAAUAUAAAUGUUUAAAGCAGUUAAAAAUAAUAUAUAUUUAGUUGUUGGAAGAGAGUCAAGACUAAAAGCUACAUUAGAGCAAAUUGACCCUUUUAGCAUGUAGUUAUAUUCCAAUUACAGACAAUUGGCUUAAGUAGCAUGAGGUAUUUUAUUUACAUUUAAUCUAUCUAACUGGGAUCCAGUAUCAAAUAUAUCCACUUUCUCUUUUUGCAAGCUUUGUUGCCACUCAGAAGAAAUAAGUUAUUUAAUUUUAUUAAUAAAGCUGUGAAAUGAGAGAGUAACUGUUCAGUAGCACUUAGUGAAUUUCCUAAAGUAAAGAAACAAGUUAAAGGACUCAGUUAAGCUAGUCUCUAUUAUGUGUUUUGAAUUUUCAAAAGAAGUUUUAGCAAAAAUAAAAUCAAUUGAGUUAUCUCACUGUUGUUUGAGAGGUCAGAGAACUUCAGCCUCUCAUUACAUUUCUGAAAUGGAAAAUAACCAUUAAUUAUGCUAGUAGUUGGAUCCAAGAGGUUAUUCAUUUAUCUACAGUAACCUUCCCUGUGUAUUAAUUGGGAGCAAAGCACAAAAUGAUGCAGAUAUUGUAUCAGGUGAUCACAUAUUUCAUAUGCAGUGUUUUAUCUAAAUAGAGAGCUAUGCCACGUUGAAAGCUGGGAUUGGGUAAGGUAGAUUUGGUGAAGUAGAAACUUAUGUAUGAAAUUAAGUAUGAAAUUUAGUAACAUCCAAUGAAAAUUACUAAGGAAAAAAUUAUUUUCAGGCAAAAAGAACAUUUUUAAAUUGAAAAAAAAAAAAGUCAUUUCCUAAAGAGUUGAAUACAGAGGCUGAAGAAAAUGGGGAUAGGUUAACAAAGAGCAAAUCCCCUUUCUGAAUUCAAAGUACAUGUAAUGAUUGUGGUUUGUCAGUGAUUUGUGAACUAUGAGAAAUGACAAGAUUAUUAUUUUUUAAAUCAGUAUUUUUAGGAAUACAGGCCUUAACUUAUUGAACUGAACUUUCUGAAAAAAUAAUGUAGCAGUAUUAAUAUACUUUUAGGCAUAAAUAUAGUUUCAUAGGUAAGGAAUUUGAGGUAUUCAAAGAAUACAAGCAUAAAGGAAAAUUAUCAUGAGUAUUUUGUUACAAUUUACAAGCAGAAUUUAAUUUCAAAGCAGAGUUGGUCUUUGUUACAGUUCAUCCAGGAUUAUCCCAUGAAUCCUCAGUGGUGAUAUUUUCUUGAUGAUCUUCCUAUGAUUUUUUUCAGAGUAAAACAAAAUCUCUGUAUUAAUGGCUCGACCCCUCUUGAAGGUGACUGGCCCCCAACAGUCAGACCAAGUUUAUGUCUGUCCAGCAGAUUACUUUCAUAGGAUUCACAGCAUUCCUUCAGUGGAACCAAGUUCACAUUAUCGUUUGUAUUUCAAGGUGGAAUGAGCCUCAGAGUAAUCUAAAAGCCUAAAUCCCAAUUUUAACAUAAAGCAUAUAACUUACGGUUUAAUACAGUUAUUUUAUAAAUUGAUGUUUUGUCAUUCAUUCUGAAUUGCAAAGAAAAAGCCGUGAAGUGGGAGUUUUAGAGGCGGGCUUAGAAUGAAGGAGGCUCCCCCACUGGCCUGGUUAUAAAGCAAAUGAACACUUUCCUUCCUAUACUGUUUAUAGUUUUAUAUCUGCUGAAACUAAGAAAAAACACCUGACUACUUGAUUUCAUGCCUUCUCUAAAAUCACAUUUCUGAUCACAGUUUGCAGAUUUAUUCUGCUUGGACACUUAAAUAGACCAUUUCUCUCCUACCUGGACAAGGCCUUGUUUUCUCAUCUGAGUCUUUGCAUUUAAAAAGGUGACUUCCUGUUCUGCUCACUGAUGAGAGAUAGGGCCUACUGAGGAUCUAACACAAGUCAAACAUUGAGAUUAUCCCUGAGUGUUUUUGCCAUUCUGAAAGAUGGCUCCAUCUCUAUGGAGAAGGUUUUGGAGGGGAAGGGCAGUCUGCUCCCUGCCACCUGUGGGCUGGGAAGUGCCCACAGCUGGAACCUAGGGAAAAAAUCAUCAUACAGAUGUCUUUAUUGUCUCUGCACAUUAGAAUGUUAGUGAAAUAUGCUAUGGUGCACUUGGUUCAGCAAUAAGAAAUAGUCUUUUAAUUCCUAUUUUUGAAACCUAUUUGUUAUAUUCAGUUUUAGCUUCAGCAGUUAAUUUCAGGAAUAGUAGGCUGAUCUUUGUUCUUUUUCUUUGGGUUUCAUGUUAUUUUCUGAUAGAAGCGAGAGUAGUUAAAGUGUGUCAUCACCUCCUGUCUCUUCAACAACUAAGCUCCUCGUGAAUACUGUACUCACUCCUGAGGCUAGUUCCUAAGCAUCUGUACAUGCUUGAGAUGUAGUGUCUUCCAGGUGUGGAUGAGAUUUCAGAGCAUGGAGACUGAGUGUUGGGAGCACAGUCACAGUGACCAUGACUGUGUGGCCUGGUUCUUGGUAGGAGGUGAUCACUGUCUCCUCCAAGCUGCUCAGUUAAUCUGGAAGGUCUGAGCAUGUCCUCUCUGGGCAGCCAUCCUCUUCUCUGAUGCCAGCUAGACACUCCUGGGGGCUUCCUGUGACUGAACAGGAGACUGGAAGAAAGGAGAAAACUCGGGGUUUGAUCUAUUCAUGACUUUCUGCUUGGCCAGUGGUCAGAAGAAGUUGUCCUUCUCACUGUGUGUGACCCCACAGAAGUAGUUCACUCACGAAGCAGGAAUCUUGCUGUGCCACCUUCUCAGGGACCAAAAAAUAGAAAUAAUUCCUUAGUGUUAACCUUUCCCCCCCCAAGACUUGUCCAUGUUAGUUUUUCGGGUGUUUAACUUAUAGCCGUAGCUAGAGGUCUGUUAACUCCAGUUGGAAAGAGAAAAGAUCAAGUUGCACACCAGUCACAGCAUAAAACAGUUUUCAUAUAAAAUACCUCGAUUUUCUGCAUUCCUCACUUCUGCCUCACAAUUGUACUGGUGAUGAAUUUUAAAGGUCUGUCCUUUUCACAUCUGGCCAGAUUUUUAUACCUCCAUCAUAUACUUGAAAAGAUUAAAAAUUAUAGAAAAGGCAAUGAGAAUUUUGGCCCAGUAUCACUACUCUGUUCAGACACAUUCUCACAUGCUAUUAAAUGCAACAAGUGAAUUAUAUUUUAAGAAUAUGUAACUUUAUGUUACAUAAAAAAAUGCCUAGGACAAGACUGAUACUCAGUAUAACAACUUCAGUUAUGUAAACAAAUACCAAUUUCAGAUAUCCCAUGUGAUCAAAAGUGUAGUCUAGGGCUCAGAGCAUGAGCAGGGGAGAAGCAUUUGUUUGUUCUUUAUUUUCUCUUGAAUUGUGCAACUACAGGUGAGUCACUUAACCUUUCUGUGCCUCAGUUUCUCUACCUCUAAAGGGGUGGGAUGGUUCUCCAAAUCUAUGUUUUUGAUCGAGAGCUUGCACUUGUAGCAUGUGCCACGGUCUCCCAAGGGAGCGAGUUCGGGACUGCUCUUGAGUGACACAGUGGAAAUUCACUUGGCUUGCCCUGGGCAUCCCCGUCUGCUUGGGACCACGCUAUAGACACGAUGCUUCAAGCACAGAGCGAGCAAAGGCAGCACUGUAAAGUUUGCAUGACUCCAUGAAGCUUUAAUUUUCCUUUUUUUUGUUUUAAGAGGAAGUGUUUUAUAUAUUCUGUUGUAAAAUAUGGAAAAUUAAACAGGGACUUUUAAAGGCUGCACUGAAAAUUCACAUUUUGCUGGUGUGAUGAGCUUCUCUGACAUUCUGCAUAGGUUUGACUGUGUUAUGUAGAAGAUUCAGUGACCUGUAGAUCAGAUCUGUUCUAUUGGUUGAAUUUGUAGUGAAUGUUGCUGAACUUCCUGCUUCCAAGCAGCUCAACCCCGGCCAUGAAUGACCCAACCCCAGGUGAAUGUCAGGAGCUCCCAAACCACUAGUGCCAAAGGGUCAUUGAAAAGCUCAGAACAUUUCUUUUUUGAAGAAUAUAAAUAAUUUGCCCCCCACCCCCAUGUUAGUGUUUUUGCAUUUUGGAAAAAUUUAAGGGUAUUUUUCAGCAGCAUUCCUGAGUGUUUUUUGCCUUUUUAAAAGAAUAUUAUUUUCUUUUAAAAUGGAAUAUAGUUGUUAAAAAAGGAUGAAGACUAGGUAAAAAUGUAAAAUGUUGAUCAGUUGCAUAAAAGUUUUUUUCAUGUAAAUGUGUCAGGGGAGCUUCCAAUUAGCAUACAUACCACACAUUUUGUCAAUGGCUAAGAAUUGCUUUUAUUUUGCUUUAUAGAAGUAGGCAUAGCAUGUUGUAACUGCCUUAUGUAAAUAGGCUAUUUAUUAAGUUUUCCAAUAAUAUUUAUUAAUCUGUAUGUGUUUUAAAAUAAAAUAACUUAUUUCUAGCUGAACAGUCGUUUUU